UUGAGCCCGUGCUUUCUAAGACAAGUGGAAGUAUGGUCAAGCCAUUAGACAAGGCUUGCUAAGAGGUGGGGGAGGCAUGGCUCCACCAUCACCAGGAUGGAUAUACUUCCUUUCCUGCAAGGAAGUCUGGAGGUGUCAGAGGGCUGGAAGUUCCUGUUAAACCUGUCCAUAAACCAAGUAAGCACUGGUCAAGAAGAAUCAUCUCCAGAACUCUCCAGGAGUCCAUGGAGAUGGAAGAGAGCAGAAACAAGAGAUUGGGGAAAGAAGAGGAGAAUUCAGAGUGCCGGGUAAUGAAAAGCAACCCUCCAACUACUCCAGGCAGCAAGUCCUCCCCAACACCUCAGAAGAGCUCUGCAAAGAGUCCAGCUCCUGUGCGCCGGAGCAAAUCCCCAGCUGAUUCAGGUAACCAUCAGGAUGCCAAUGGAACAUCAAGCAGCCAACUGUCCACACCCAAAUCGAAGCAGUCUCCAAUCUCCACACCCACCAGCCCAGGGAGCCUCCGUAAGCACAAGGUAGACUUGUACCUGCCUCUAUCCUUGGACGACUCUGAUUCCCUUGGAGACUCCAUGUAAAGAAGCCCCCUUCCCUGUGUCCACACUCCAUUUUAGAUAUAGCACCACACUUCUGCCAAAAGGAGCAGAGAGGUCACUGGUGCAAAUCCAAGGAUACAAAAGUUAUGUCUUUUCUUUUCCUUUCCUAUAUUUCUCCUCUGUGCCACAAAACCAACACCUAUGAAUCCACAGAGAUAAAGGGAUACCGAUCAUCUGAGUAACUUCAUAGGAAAGAUAAGUGGCCAUUAUUGGCAGCUUGAAGUCAGAAGGCUUGAAUCCUCAUGCUCUUCUCACACAUUUUAGCCCAAGCGUUUCCUUUUCUUAAAAAAACCCCCCUAUAAUGUACUGGCUUUUUUUAUUUGGCUGCCGGUCAGGUGACAACUUUCUUUUGCAAAUGUUCCAUUAGCAACUCUGUCCAAAGCCCAAGAGUGGAAACAGGUCUAUCCACCAGCACCUCCCUCCCCCCCCCCCCAAAAUACCAAUGAAUACCAGCAACUCUGCAAAAGCAGACCUGUUUCCAAUGCUGGGUCUCUGAGUAUAACACCUGCAUAUUGUCUGAUGUUAACUCACAGCCAGUGGGAGGCAACUCUUGUCUCUUUGUGAACAUCCAUAUAAGUACAAGGGUGACAUGACAAUGCUAAGAAAUAAAGAGCUACAUAUCGUGAUUUUCUCCUCAAAUAGGACACAGGGAUAUGUUCUAAUAAACACACAAAGUUGUUUUAGCGGGGUGGGAUUUGGGAAGCCACCCUGCUGGCUCUGCUUGCCAACUCUGCUCUCCAUCUUUUCCUCUUCCUCAGUUGUACCUCAAUCUCCCAACCCACCUCAGCUGAGCAAAACUCACCUUGGCCUCAUUCCCUCACCCUACCAUAUUCUCUUCAAUUGCCCCAAAUCACCUCAGCCCCAUCUUUUCCUCCCCUUCUGUCUCACUCCUUCCAAUGUGCUCAGCCUUUUUCUUCCUUCUUUGUCUGGUCUCCCUCCAAAUCACAUAAGCCCCAUCUUUUCCUUCUCCACUUCACCUCAGCACCCCACCAUAUCCAUGCUCUCAGCCCUGUCUUUGCUUCCUUUCACCUGAGCACCUUGGCCCUAUCCUCAAAUCCUUUGUCUUCCACCUAUACUAAAGUCCUACCACCUGCCCAUCCUCACCAUCAGCUCCCCCCCCCCACAUUUUUGAUCAGAUGGAACCAGCCCUGGUCCUGAGGCACUCCAUGGCUGCAGAGAUGAUGGCUCCACUGCCCCUCAAUGCCCUCUGCUUUGAGGCCAUUGGUCACACAUAUACGUACAUUUAUAUAUACAUACAUAUGACCAGCAAUAAACAUGGUCUGGUUGAUAUGAAGUUACUGAAAUGGUAUCUCUCUAUCUCUGUGGAGACUAUCAAUGCCUUGCAAACAGCCAACACUGAAAACACUGUGAAAAAAAAUUGUUUUCAGGUCUAACACCUUCAGCUUAUUAUUAAUUUUUAAUAACAAGAAAUCCAUACAACUUUUAUAGAGGAAAACAAAUAAUGUUAGCUGUGUCUUAGAGUCAGCUCUUCAAUAUCCUUUUUUUAAAAAAAGAAAACUGGUGACUUUCUUUUGCUUUAAAAAAGAAACAAAAUUUUAAAAUAUACAAAAAAAAAAAGUUCAACACAGUAAGUGUUUUGAAGUCACUGCCAAACUGACAUCAGAGGUUCAUAAAAUGGGAGGGGUCUGCAUGGGGUGGGGGAGGGAUAUCACAAUUAAUUCAAAAUGGUUAAUAUUUUGAGAGUGUUUGUAACAUGCUUAAGGUUAUGUUCUUAAUUUUCUGUAUUUCAAUAAUUCUAACUAUGGCCAGAUGCUCAGACUGUAGAACUGUUAGGAUGUUCAUGAUACGGUAUUAUAAACUUUUAUCUUGAAGCAGUGCAUUAUAGUGAAAUGGGAAGAAAAGGAAUCCAUUCAAUUUUUUUAAAAAUAAGCAUUGAUGCAAAGUUCACAGUUUUAUACAGACCUGCCAUUUUAUUUACUGGGUCUGGAUACACGUACCAGAUAAUAUUGUGCAUUGCAUUAUUCCUUAUUUGUAGGAAUAAGCUCUACAUAAUCUUGCAAAAUGUUAUCAGAGCAAUACCCAUAUAACCAACCUUGGGGAUUGCUUUCCCCACUCUCCUUUAGAUUCAUUUGCAAACCGUUGUGAGUUUAGAAUGUAUUGCAGCAAUUGUACUUUUGAUAAGGUUAUGUUUUCAUUUUGCAAUUUCAUUAUGUGAGCCACCUUGGGCAAUUUGCAUAAAGCUGAAAGGCAUAUGGAAAUUUCUAAUAAUAAAUAAUACUUCACACUGGGGUACUUAACUCUACAACAACUUUUGGCUAUUAGAGGAAGACAAUGCUUGGCCCAAAGUUGGUAUUUGGUGGUUAGCUUUUGCAUUCCUUACCACUGGCAUCUUUGUGAUUCAUGUGGCAAUGUGGAUAAGCCAAGCUUGCAGUUUUGUUUUAAUUAUUUUUAAAAUAGAAGGUUUCAGACUACCCAAUGGCUGCAGUUUUAGUAGAGACCCUGCAUCACAAGGGCAAGUGAGGAUCUACCCUUUGUUGAACCAAGCAGUUAAAACCUAGGGUUUCCUUAUCUCUAUGCCAUUGUUUGGCCAAAGCUAUCUAAACUUUGGUUCAGAAGAUUCAGCAUUCAUGUAAGUUCAAUGGUCAGAUCACUGUGGAGAAGGCUGGCUUUGAGGACAAAGCAUAGGGAAGGCCUACAGGAAAAAAAAUUCCAGUGUGUGUUUGAUAUCUGGCAGAUCUGGUGUAUGAAUUGGAGCAGGUCUCUUAAUUUCUCUGUGCCUCAAUUUACCGUAUCUGUCAAAUAAGGACAGUAAUACUUUCUCUACCUCAUGGGGAGGGAUUGGGAGGGUUGGCCAGUGAGUCCUUUCGUUGAUGCUGUUAAAUAUUUUUGGAUCAUCUGGUAGGAAAGUGCUGUCUGUGACCUCCUAGGGACUAGUAUUGAGGAAGACUUUGGAAAGAUUGUCAGGUUUCUUUGGUCAAUUCCAGUGAUGGCUUCUUGGGGUUAACUUAGAAGGCACUGUUGCUUGCUAAAGCUGCCAAGUGGCCCUGACACAGAGCCAGUUCAUACCCACAGUUGUCAGCACCAGAAGCAGCAAACUCUGUAUGCUCACUGACCUCACCCCUCACAGAGGGGCACUGUGUACCAUAUGAGGCUCUGAAUCCUGGGCAUGAGCGUAGCAUAGAUUGUGAACUGCUUAAGGCCACACUCCAGUCUACUUGGAGAUGUGUUUUGCUUGUGAUGUUUGAUCUCCUGUUCUCUCUCCUCUCAGUCUUGAUAGGCUGCUCCCAAUUGCCCCUCAGAGUGUGACCGGGAGCAUGCACUGGAUGAAUGUGGAACUGAGGAAUUGUUUCUGUUAUAAUAUGAUAGGGAAGCAGUACUCCACUCCACCAUAGCACUGUUCCUUAGUAACAUGGAGGAAUAAUGCAAAUAUUGCUCCAUCCAGGAACUAAAGGUCUUUGUAAUAAUGUAUAAUACAAUCUUCACUAUUUCAAUAAGCAGGAAGAAAAUGAUCCGCAAUACAGAACACACACCACCUCUCCUUUUCCUGUCCCCUACCCCCCAAAACAGAUCCUACACACAAUUGGGUACAGUCCAUUUGAUUGCUGGUUUUGUGCAAGGCCCAAAAACUGAGCCUAUGAUUGGCAGGAAUACUGUAGUCUUUUGAAUGUUAUACUCUGUUCUCCCCUCUUCAUCAUGUCCACAGGAGACAAAGCUAGAUGGCUAAUGCUAUUAGCCACAAUAGCUACAUGUAACCCCAGAGGCAAUAAACCUCUCAAUGUCAAAUGCUGGAGGCAAACAGUUGGGAAAAGCUGUUGACUUCAUCCCCUGUUUGUAAGCUUUCCAGAUGCUGGCCCCUGUUGGUAGACAGAAUGUUGGGCUUUUGGUCCAAUCCAGCAGGGCUUUUCUUAUAUUCUUAAGUAGAACAUUGUUUACAUGGAGUAUGUUUCCCAUUUACCAACAACAACGUGUUUAUUUAAACAAGUAAUACAGAUAUAGGCAUUUUUCUUUGAUUGCACUUAAUAGUGGCAUAUCUGAGAGCCUGGACCAAUAUGGACUCCCUUGCCUGAUGUGCUCCAAUAAUACACAUCACUCUUCUGAAUAAGGGCCUGGCAAGAUGAGGCUUUUGUAAUAGUUUGUGUUGCCACGCAUUGCAUCAGCAAGCAAAUAUACAGCAGCCUAGUGGAAAGAGAAGGUAGAUCUUUUUUUCCCACAAGGAAAAGAAAAGCCAUUCAGACCUGCAAAAGUGAAACAGGGUAAAGGGCCAGACUCCCAGGUUUUAGAAGCAAUUCUUCAGGUAAAUGUUCUUGAACUGUAGGUAGAAAUCAGUGACCAUGUCGGAUGUAAAACUGCCUGUAUAGUUGAUGUUGCAUGAGUCUUUAUACAAAAAUAAAAAUAAAAAAUGCAUGCAGAAUA